AUGCUUCAGGAUGCUUUAGCUAGACAGAGUCAUUCCCAACGAGAGAAUAGCAGGUCUGAAGCCGACACCAACCCAGGCGAACAGAAAUUGGACGGAGAAGACUUUAAUGUCAUUAAUCACGAAGACGUCGAGGACAUUGACGACGAAGAGGACGAGACGGAACAAGCCUCCUAUCACUCAGGCUUAGUAGGCCUUCUUGGUGGUAGAAUGAUGCAACGUGGCAGGAAAACUCCUGGAGAGUUUGACCACCUCCACCCAUUUACACAGGUGCUCUCGAUCUCUAACGUGGAUGAUUGUGUAAAAUUGGAGGCCGAGGCAUUUCCUGCUAAUGAAAGGUGUUCAAAAGAAAAGUUUAUCUACCGAUUGGCAAGCUGUCCAGAACUCAGUCUCGGUCUCAUUUCACGCCCCACGUUAGCCGAUAUUGAGGCCAACAAAAACCUGAGUCCUAAGCAUAGACUCAUUGCUCAUAUCAGCGCUACACGGACACCGUCAAGAACAGUGACCGAUGCCUCUAUGGGCUUCCCGCCAGACUGGAAGACGAGACGAUCUUCAUUGCCAAUAGCGGGUGAGGUAGAGCCCCAAGGGCACCAAGAGCAAGGUGGAACGAUUGCUCUCCAUUCCCUUGCAGUUGUUAAAGAGCACCAAAGAAAAGGAUUGGGGACUAUUCUGCUAAAGGCUUACAUCGAAAGAAUCAAGUCUGCAAAGAUAGCAGAACGUAUUUCCUUGCUGGCACAUGGAAACCUCCUCAAGUUUUAUGAACGAUUUGGCUUUGUCGAUGAGGGGCUGUCUGAGGUUACAUUUGGUGGCGGUCGUUGGACUUCUAUGGUGCUGGAGUUCAGUGAGCAAAUGGAUGACUAG